GCUAAGUUCUUCCACUUUGUUCUUUGUUGAAGAAAAUUUGUUCUGUGAUCCACAAUGUCCACUUUUGGAGUUUCCGAUCAUCUAAUCAGCAUGCAUGAUUUCAUCCUUUGCUAUUUCUGCGAAACUCGAGUUGCAUUCAUCGAGGACUUCAUUCCUAAUGCGGAUGACUUAGUGUAUGGAGGGUACAUUAAUAGAUUGUUUCAUUAUAGGGCAAUAAUUAACAACCGAGGUCAUCUAGAACAACGUGAUGGAAAUACCCUACUCAAUACUUACUGUGUCCAAUGUGGAAUUUGGUUCGGCUGGAAACUUGUUAGGACUAUCCAACAGUCGGAUUACUUUGUAGUAGGAAGAUACUUUAUGAAACUGGAGCUGCUUAGAUACCAGAGUGGUCAAACACUGCAUGAUGCUGUCUUUGGAGUCGCUAAUCAACAGGGUCCUAAUGGAGGUGCUAAUGCUGUUCAAAAUGAAGUCGCUAAUGAACAGGAUCCUAAUGGAGGUGCUAAUGCUGUUCAAAAUGAAGUCGUGAAUGAACAGGAUGCUAAUGGAGGUGCUAAUGCUGUUCAAAAUGAAGUCGCGAAUGAACAGGCUCCUGAAGGAGGUGCUAAUGAACAGGCUUCUAUUGGAGGUGCUAAUGCUGUUCAAAAUAGAGUCGCUAAUGAACCGGCUCCUAAUGGAGGUGCUAAUGCUGUUCAAAAUGAAGUCGCAAAUGAACAUGAUCCUAAUGGAGGUGCUAAUGCUGUUCAAAAUGAAGUCGCGAAUGAACAGGCUCCUAAUGGAGGUGCUAAUGCUGUUCAAAAUAGAGUCGCUAAUGAACCGGCUCCUAAUGGAGGUGCUAAUGCUGUUCAAAAUGAAGUCGUGAAUGAACAUGAUCCUAAUGGAAGUGCUAAUGCUGUUCAAAAUGAAGUCGCGAAUGAACAGGAUCCUGAUGGAGGUGCUAAUGCUGUUCAAAAUGGAGUCACUAAUGAACAGGCUCCUGAUGGAGGUGCUAAUGCUGUUCAAAAUGAAGUCGCAAAUGAACAGGCUCCUGAUGGAGGUGCUAAUGCUGUUCAAAAUGAAGUCGCAAAUGAACAGGCUCCUAAUGGAGGUGCUAAUGCUGUUCAAAAUGGAGUCGCUAAUGAACAGGCUCCUAAUGGAGGUGCUAAUGCUGUUCAAAAUGGAGUAGCUAAUGAACAGGCUCCUGAAGGAGGUGCUAAUGCUGUUCAAAAUGGAGUCGCUAAUGAACAGGCUCCUGAUGGAGGUGCUAAUGCUGUUCAAAACAGAGUCGCUAAUGAACAAAAUCGUGGUCAACAUCUAGACAGGAUAAUGAGACUAAGAACACUUAGACCACGGCGGAAUAGACCGUAUUGAUGAAUAUGCAGACAUUGAUAGCCUACUCAUGCUGAUCAAAGUACAGAAAGAUACACUCUUUCUGAAAUAGAGUUCAUACUUUACAAAAUGCUAAUGUAUAAUUGUGUGAUAUCUCUUUUUCUCUUUUUGA